AUGUCAGUACAGCGUGUGUAACGGCUUCACCUAUUGUAAUGGACAACUUAAAAUAUCCGACAGAUCAAAUCAGUGUAACCAUGAAAAACAAUUACGACUUAAACAAGAACGUUUUAUGGCAGCAUUACAGUACAACAGAAGGAGUAUCUGUUAUUUAUCCUGCAACUAAUUAGGAAAAUUGUAAAAACUUUGAUCCCAGAUACACGUCGUCCUAUGCCUCAGCAGCUUCUCCCACAGAUAAGGAUGUUGUCCUCGUUAUCGACACGAGUUCCUCCAUGAAACAACCAUCUGGUAUUACAGCCAAAACAAAAAUGGUCAUUGUUAAAGAGGCAGCAAAUAAUGUCAUCCAAACGCUUAAACCGAACGACAGAGUUGGACUGGUUUCAUUUGAUAAGGAGGCAAAAACACCAUCGGUGCCGUCAACCAGUCAUUCAUGUUAUGGAAACGAGUUAGCUUUUGCAACGAAGGAAAAUACAGAUGAAUUGAAGCAGUAUAUCUUCACAUUAAACACUGGUACUACAGGAGAUUCAAACUAUGAAAAGGCCCUGUUAGCGGCUUUCAAUUACUUCCAUUCUUCAAACAACACUUUAGACAACGACAACCGAGUGAAAGUGAUUUUAUUCAUAACUGAUGGAAAAUCAACAUUGGGAAGAAAUCCUGUUCAAGUAAUAAGUGAAGAGAAUGCCAAAUUGCAGAACAAAAUAGCAAUCUUCACAUAUCUGAUAGGACAAGAUAUAGAUGCACAACAACAAUUAACAGGAAUGGCUAAUCAAGUUCUUGCAAUUGGACCUAAGCCAGUUGGUCAUUUCGAAGAUUUUAACCAGAAUAACCAGAAGCUGCUUUCAACUAAAUUAGCCACAUUUUAUAUACAUCUGCCAACAAGUAGUCAGUCUGAACAAUCUACUUUCACUGUUCCCUAUGUCGAUCGGUUCUCAGAAGUUGGUUUGAUAACAUCAUUAUGCCGUCCUGUUAACGUCAUAAGCUUUCAUGGAGUCAUGUGUACAGAUGUGAAAAUAAGUGAACUUUUAACUGAAGUGGAGUACUUUUCAGAAGAUGAAUAUUCAUAUGCUUUCAUGAUAGAUGGACUCGGGAGAGUUUUGAUGCAUCCAUUGUUGCCAAAUGCAGCUUUUGUUAAAUCAACCGAAGACCCUGUGUUAGUUGAUAUUGGUGUAUUGGAAAGAGAAGUAGACGCUCAAUCUGUUAUUGAGUCUAUGAAAAGUGGUGGUAUGGGAAAGAAAACAUUGACGAAGUUUUUUACGAAACCACGUGGUAAACUUGUGAAUGAUGGAAGCAGAGAUGUUAGUCUUACAGCAUAUUUCUAUUGGGGUUCGAUACCUCAGAGUAAUCUUUCCUUGUGUGUUGUUCUUGUGGACGAGUCGUAUUCCGAAAUAGACGAAAGUCAAUUCCAGCUCAGCGACGUAGAUUUACCAAAUGUAUUUAUGUACCACAACAUAAGCCUUUUGAAGGACUCCUUUUCUGAUUGCAAAUUCUAUUCAAGACGAGUAACAUCAGAUCGAAGUAGUGUGAAAUUUUCUCAGUCUGCAUUUCAAAACCCUUUUCAGUACUUAGACCGCGAUGAGACGGCUGAAGAUGUCACAAAUUAUGGCAAUUAUCUUACAAGGCAAAAAUUAACAAAUCCUGGAUUUAAGACGACAUUACGAUCAGCUGUAUGGGCUACAUAUAAAGCGGAGCAGUAUUGGAAAUCUCAUCCUGCGAGAUUCGUGUCAUGGAGAUACAUCGGAACAAAAGCAGGAAUGAUAAGAAUUUAUCCUGGAGUUUCAUUGCAAAAACCUUAUGAUCACGAAAAGAGAGCAUGGUGGCGUCAGGCCAUGGCACAUCCCAAUAAAAUGUUUUUAACUACUCCUUAUGUUGAUUCGUGGGGGUCUGGAAUAGUCUUGUCUCUCGUGCACACUAUAUACAAGAAAGGAUCGACCACAGUAACUGCUGCUGUUGGUGCAGAUUUCCCCCUGGAAUACUUCAAUUGGUUGUUUAGUAGUGUUUAUCCUACUUGUAAUGACGUAUCUUACUGGUGCAUUAUUGUUGACGACAGUGGGUUUAUAGUAAUGCAUCCACGACUUAAAGAAACAACGAUUGAAUCUGGCUUUAAAGAACCAAAACAUAUUACUAUUGAGGAACCAGGUAUUGCAAAAAUUCUGAAACGGGAAGGUGUACUUAACUCGAAAGAGUGCCAAGAUUUUUCGAAGAAUACAAAUUUAAGGUCCUUUCGGGUGACUAUGCCAGUUAACAAAUUAGGAGGGCUUGAUUUCAAAGACACUGAUGAAACAUUUGAAAUACGACCUAUUGCAGAAACGAAUGUGUUUAUCAUAAGGAGACAGACACAACCAACUACCAACUGUAAAUGUGACUCUACAUCACCUGAUAUCGUAGAAUGCAGUAACCAGUGUGAAUGUUUAUGCCACAGUCCAAUUAUUUAUGAUGUAUGUUCUAACAAAUAUAAUACAGGGUCUGCUAGUCCACCGUGUAGUGCCCGAUUACCAGAUACAUCGGGUGUAAGUCAACCAGAUGAUACACAAGGUCUUACCACAUGUUAUGUUCCAAAAUGUCAUCAAAAAGCAACAAAGACAGACUGUUUCAGCGAACUAGAAUGUAGUUGGUGUGAAUAUAACGACCUCUUACAACAAAUAGCUACGCCAUGUUGUAGGCUUAAAGAGGAAUGUACAUUUGGUAAAACAAAAUCUCAAUACAGAAAUACGUGUGCGGCACCAUCAACCACAACUGACAAGACGUCAGAUGAAAUAAAUGCAGGACAAAUUGGCGGAAUAAUAGGUGGAUCAAUCGCCUUUGGCAUCCUUCUCACUCUCAUAAUGAUUUGUGGAAUUAAGUUUUUUAGAUCUAGAAAUCGUAAUGAAAAUGCUGAUCCGUAUAUAGAGGCUAUUCCAGAUUAUGAACUUAGACAAUACAGAGAAAAGGAGGAAUGUAGUAGUACGGAUUCACCACCACCGCCAUACCAGAUUCAACCGGCAAUUAAUCAUAAUUUUUAUGUUGACUCAUCUCCUGGACAUAAAGUUUGAUAGACAAAUAGUCAUAAAAUGUUUUUUUCGUAACAUCCGUUUUCUGCUAGUUUCCAUGUUAUACAAACCCAUAUAUUGAACAUUAUUUAUAUUCUUUGUUUCUGACUUAAUUUUUUAAAGUUUAAAUCUCCUCAUUUUAUAAUUAUAUACAUACAUAUAUUAUCAUGUUUCCCUUUGUUAACCUAUU